AUGACUAAAAGUAAUUAUUUGGAUUUAGUUAUUAAUUGUUCCAUAAAAACGAUUAAAGAUAAAUUAAAAGAAUGUAAAAAUCAAGAAUCAUGGAGACACCAAAAAUAUAUUGAAAAAAUAAAAAAAGAUAUCUCUGAAGAUUCAAGAUCACUUAGUCGAAAAAUUGUGAGACACAAAAAAAGAGCAAAAUCAGAAAAAAAUGCAUCAAUAAAAGAUAUUAAUAAUAAAUACCCUAUUAAUGAAGUUGUGAAACCAAGUAAAAGAAAAAUUGAUAAAAAAAGGAAAAGAAAAAGCAUUGAAAAAAGAAUAGAAAUGGCAAAUUCUAAGAAAGAUAGAAAUAAACUUAUAAUUAAAAAAAAUAUAGUUGAAAAACUUAAAAAAGCUUCGUUAAUUAAUAAUACAUCUGAUGAUGAUUGUCUUAAUGAAGAUUCUUUUAAAGAAAGGAAAAAAAAGAGAAGUGUAAAGAAGACAAAAACUAACAAUUCAUAUAGAUUUAAUAGAAAAGAUAUUUACGAUCUUGAUAAUGAAAAUAAUACAUUUGAAAAUAUUGAAAAAUCAGAAGAUAGAAAGCGUCGUGAGAAGCAAUAUAAUAAAAAUCGAACGGUAUGUAUUGAUGGAAAAUGUCAAGAUGAAGAAUUUCUUGAAAAAUUAAGGAAACUUGAUGUUCCUAUUAAAAUAAAUGAAAAAUCUACUGAACAAAAAAUGAAUAUUGAAGAAUUAGUUUUAAAUCAUGUUACUAACCAUCCAAUUUCAUCAAUAAGUUCUCGAGUAAAAGGGCCUUAUGAUAUUGAAACAAUUGAAGAUGCUCUAAAAAGAUAUCCUAAUAUAAAACCAGUAAAAAAUAAAGAUUUAGAUGGUAAAGUUAUGUCAAAUUUAAAAAGACCUUUUUGGCAUCAAAUAGAUCCAAUACCUCUGAUUAUGGGAAGACAAGAUGAUCCAACAGAUGAUAAUUUACCUAUUAAUUCAGAUAUGUUAAAAUCAUUUGAACAAGGAAAAUUAAAGUUAGAGAAAAAUAUUGAUAUCAGGCCAAAAAUUCCAAAUCCAUUUGGACCAUUAAAAAAUAUGAUUAAACAAAAUGAUAUGUUUAAUUUAGGACAAGUUUUUGGAAAUACAAUGAGAAAUAUUGUUAAAUUUAAACCAAAAAGUAUUAAAAAUUCUUUUCCUAAAGUUGAUUCUAUGAUGAUAUUACGAUCACCACCACAAGAUCAAAAAAACAAAUCUUUAGAAAAAGUUAAAACUAACACAUCAACUGUUCCGGAUGACUCAACAGCUGAGGAAGAACUUGAAGGAAACUUUAAAAAAAAUUUAAAAGAACCUGAAAAUGAUAUGUUUCCAAUUUUACCAAAGACAAAAAUUAUUUACAAAAGAACUAAUCCAUGUGUCUGGAAAGAGGUUCCACUAAGCAAAAACAAUUUUUAA